AUGAGCACCUCAUCAACUCCUUCGAGGCCCGAGGGCUGGCCCGACUGGCUGUGCGAGUGUGUGUCUGAGACGGACUUUCGAGCUGCCCUGUAUGGGGAGCGUUUGUGUGUGUGGCGAGGUGGGGCCAAGGUUUGGCAUGAUCUGCGCUUGGGCUGGGCAGAUCUGCUGACGAUUGAGAGCACCGUGCCGGUCAAGUUCUAUCGGCACGAUCAGCCUGCCUGGGAAGGGUUGGCAGAGGCACGGCGCUUGCCAUUGCAGGACUUUGUGCACUGGGUGCAGUCAAGCAUUGCUGCCGCUGGUGAUUCGCCAGCAGCAUCGGCCACAAAGCGGGCUAAGACGACGGGCAAGCUCGCAGCAGAAGAGUUUGAUCCCGCCCACUACUGGGGCUAUGCCUCGUACAUUUGGUGGCGUGAUUUACCUGCUCCACUCUUGUCUGUGAUCUUCCAGAGACUGUCCUUCGUGACCAAGGUGCAUUCUGGUGUGGCACCGCUGGCGCCACCACCCAUGGUCAUUACGACGUCUAUGGCUGCAAUAUCGUUGCACAGCACCACGGCACCAAACGCUGGCUGGUGGCCGCACCCAAUGCGUCUGAAGUGCAAGCCACCCGAGUUCCGUGGGAGGAAUCUACCGUAUAUGCCAUCACCUCGCUCCAAGAGCUACGCCGCGCGCAUCCCAAAGCCGUGUUUGAGGUGCACCUGCAACCGGGGGAUCUAA